ACGCUCAUCUCGCUUCUUGAAAACAUGUCGCCCAUGAAGCUGUGUGUUCCAGGCGAAAGGCUUUGCAGCACAGAGGACUGUAUUCCUGGUACAGGCACGUAUCUGCGGCAUGGCUACAUCUUCGCUUCGCUAGCGGGAUACGUGCUGAGGAAGAAUGAAGGAGAGGAGUUGCCGGUGAUUUCAGUUGUUAGAGAGACAGAAGCGCAACUUUUGCCUGACAUCGGUGCGAUCGUCACCUGUAAGGUGACGAGUAUCAACCCAAGGUUUGCUAAAGUGCACAUCUUAUAUGUGGGGUCGACACCGCUAAAAGACAGGUUUAGAGGCACAAUCAGAAGAGAAGAUGUGAGAGCGACUGAGAAGGAUAAGGUGGAGACGUACAAAAGCUUCAGGCCUGGUGACAUUGUCCUUGCAAAAGUGAUCUCUUUGGGUGAUGUGCAGUCGAAUUACCUGCUGACCACAGCGGAGAACGAGCUGGGUGUCGUCGUGGCUCACAGCGAGGCCGGCGCACAGAUGGUGCCCGUCAGCUGGUGUGAGAUGCAGUGUCCUCGCACACACUCCAAAGAGUUUCGCAAAGUUGCACGGGUACAGCCGGAGUACCUGCAGGCCUGACCACGCCCCUGACCUCACCCACUGGAACACACAGCUUCGAAGACACGCCCAUUCGAAUAUAAAGCUUCAAAGACAUGCCUAUUGGAAUGCACGGCUUCAAAGACACACCCCUGACCACACCCACUGGGGGGGUCCACAGCUUCAAAGAAAUGCCCAUUGGAAUAUACAGCAACAGACAUGCUUAUUAGAAUGAACAGCUUCAAAGAAACGACCCAAACCUGACCCACUGGGAAAAAAAAUCUCAAAGACGCGCCACUAACCACACCCACAGGAAGAUAAAUCUUAAAAAGCCACGCCAAGUGGAAUGCACAACUUCAAAGACAAGCCCCUUGCCACAGCCAAUGGAAUGCAAAACGUAAGACACACCCCUGACCACACCUACCCAAACAAAAAACUUCCGACAUGGCCCUGACCACACCCACUUCAAUGCGCAGCAUCAAAGGCAUGCCCAUUGGAAUGCACAGCUUCAAAGAUGCCUCUGACCACAGCUAAAAAAAAUGCCAAUUCAAUCCAAAACGUCAAAAACAUGCCCCUGACCACACCCACUUCAAUGCGCAGCUUUAAAGACACACCCACUGGAACAUGCAGCUUCAAGGACACGCCCAUUGGAAGACGUAACUUCAAAGACACGACCCUGACCACACCUAGUGGAACAUUACACUUCAAAGACAUGCUCCUGACCAAACCCACUGGAACAAAACUUCAAAGGAACACCUCUGACCACACCCACUUGAAUGCACAGCUUCAAAGACAUGCCCCUGUCAACACCCACUGGAACAUAAAAUGCCAAAGACACGCCCCUGACCACAUUCACUUCAAUGCGCAGCUUCAAAGACACGCCCCUGACCACACCCACUUGAAUGCACGGCUUCCAAGACAUGCCCCUCACCACACCCACUGCAACAGAACUUCAAAGACAUGCCCAUUGAAAUAUACAGCUUAAAAAAUGCCCCUGACCACACCCACUGUAACACAAACCUUCAGACACACCCCUGACCACACCCACUGCAACACAAAACUUUAUAGACCUGUCCAUUGGAAUAUAAAGCUUUAAAGACAUGCCCCUGACCACACCCUCCGGAACAUAAAACAUCAAAGACGCACCCCUGUCCACACCCACUUGAAUGCACUGCUUCAAAGACAUGCCCCUGACCACACCCACUGGAUCAUAGAAUGUCAAAGACACACCCCUAACCGCACACACUUGAAUGCACAGCUUCAAAAACAUGCCCCUGACCACACCCACUGGAUUGUAAAAUGUCAGACACACCCCUGACCACACCCACUUGAAUGCACAGCUUCAAAGACAUGCCCCUGACCACACCCACUGGAUCAUAACAUAUCAGACACACCCCUGACCACACCCACUUGAAUGCACAGCUUCAAAGACAUGCCCCUGACCACACCCACUUGAAUGCACAGCUUCAAAGACAUACCCCUGACCACACCCACUGGAUCAUAAAAUGUUAGACACACCCCUGACCACACCCACUUGAAUGCACAGCUUCAAAGACAUGCCCCCUAACCACACCCACUGCAACAGAACUUCAAAGACAUGCCCAUUGAAAUAUACAGCUUAAAAAAUGCCCCUGACCACACCCAUUGAUUUACAAAACUUCAGACACCCCUGACCACACCCACUUGAAGGCACAUUCAAAAGACACACCCCUGACCACACCCACUUGAAUGCACAUAUUCAAAAGACACACCCCUGACCACACCCAUUGGAAUUCAAGGUGUAAAUCUGGAUCUUCCCGUCACAUUCCACGCUGCCCAUGAAUGCACACUACACACAGUCAGAGCAUCACAUGACCACGAUCUGAAUGUAGUCGCAUUACUAAGCAGUAUUCAGAUGCUCUGACACGCCUGAGACUGUAAGAUCACACACUUUCAAUGCCAUUACAAGCUCGGAAACAAUGUCAUGUACACAGACCCCCUGAGGGAACGUUCAAGAGCUUUGAGUUCGAACAAAAUGAGAGUGAAUCCUUGAGAAAGCUUGCUACCAGGUCACAUUUCAUCACACACAUCUAAAAUGAUUAGCAUGGAGCCAGUUUGCAUUGUGAUCGUUUCAGUAAAGCAUCUACAGUAUAUAACCUUAAAUUCUCAGCACUGUAAUGCACCACAAAGGGUUGCUUUUGCAGUCAUAUAUAUAUUAUUCUCACUGAUGAAUGAUAUAGUUGAAGUACUACAUGCUUGUAGGUAUACAGUAAGCACUAGUACUAAAUUACAGGAGAAUUGGGUUAUAAAAUGUGCUUGAAAAUAUCAUUAAAUAUGCAAAUGAGUGAAAUAUGACAUACCGACAAGCUUUCGUGAGAUUGACUCGUGUAUUAUAGUCUGCAUUUGAUAAAGAUGUACGUAAACGGAGCUUAAGAAGCCAACUGGUAGACUUUUGUGCAGUUUUUGUCACGGGAUUUGAAGUGUAUAGAGCAAUAACAUCCGGCGGCGCAGUUUUCUAACUCUUUAAAGCACAUGAUCCGCACAAAUAGUCACUUAAGAGAUGAAUUUGUUUACCUCUUGCUGCUUUUAUUCAGAACUUUUGGAAAUAUGUCUUACGUUGAUAUCUUUUCCUCAUUCUGUCCUUGUGUCUGUAACUGUUUUGAGAGGUCAUGUGUUUACGAGAGUAAAAAUAAAGUGUUUAUUAACGCAA